UCAAAUCGCAUCGCUCAAUCCACUCCCUUUUUUUCAAAGGAACAACUAGCAUAUAAUCACCAAAAAUGGUCCGCCAACUUAAAUACCACGAGAAAAAACUCCUCCGAAAGGUCGACUUCAUAAACUACAAAUCCGACGGCGGCCACCGCGAGCACCAAAUCCGCCAACGCUACCACCUCCAAAACGACACAGACUAUAAAUCCUACAAUGCGCUGGCCGGCUCCCUCCGCCAACUCGCCCACAAGCUCUCCCAGCUCGACCCGGACUCGGACCCGCUGCGCAAGAAGCUCGAGUCCGAGGUUCUGGAUAAGCUGUGGCGGAUGGGAUUGCUGAAGCAGUCGCGCGAGCAAGGGGCCGGUCUGUCGCGGGUGGAGCGCGAGGUGACGGUUUCGGCGUUUUGUAGGAGGAGGUUAGCUGUUGUGAUGGUGAGGACGGGGAUGGUGGAGACGAUUAAGGCUGCUGUGACGUAUAUCGAGCAGGGACAUGUGCGCUGUGGCCCGGAGGUCGUCACGGACCCGGCUUAUCUGGUUACGCGCAAUCUGGAGGAUCAUAUCACCUGGGUGGAUAGCAGCAAGAUCAAGCGCAAUAUCAUGCGCUACAGGGAUAACCUGGAUGAUUUUGAGCUGCUGUAGUUGCUUGGCUGACUACUGGGCUGGGCGGACUAGGCUGACUGGGGAUAGCUAUACGCUUCUAUCGAUACCCAUAUAUUGCAUUGCAUGGCGUUGGGUGUUACGUACAUUACUGGAGAUCUAGAAAAGCGUACAUUCAUCAAAAUCAUUUCGAGAAUAUA